AUAAACGGAGAUAGCUUUUCGGCAUGUGUAGAGGUUGUUUUUGCGCUUUUAUAUCAUUUUAAUAACACUCAGAUAUCCCAGCGUCAGUAGCACAUCUCUACCACACCGGAACAAUAAAGAUAUCGCCUCGUUACCUGCCAGUUUAGCGGGCUGCUAGCAGUAGUAGCAUCAUGUUUACCUCCCAAACCUCGUCCUUCCAAGACUCAAUCGACGUGGAGGAGAGAGAUGAUUUUGACAGCGAAGAAAUAGCUGGAUACAGCCAGAAAAUUCAAUUGAACUGCUACUACACCAUCUAUCUCUAUCAAGGCACAAGAUCUGAGGCUUCUGGGGAAAAUGUGGCAUGGAACCAGAGAAGAGCAGACUCCACAACCAGUCAGGAUGACUUUAGCCUGACUCUGAUUGACAGCAGCCUGCCACUGGAGGCAGAACCUGAGCUGCGGACCUAUAUCUCAAGGAGGCUGAGUAAAGGAGCCCUGCUUGGAGGCAUGGGCAACAUCGCCACAGUGGAACUCAGUAUCCCAGAGCAGGCAGUUGGCUGCUACUGCUGUCUGCUGGAACAGGAAAGGUCUCCUGAACAGCCGGAUGCUGACGGCAAUGGAUAUGUCAUCUGUUUCAUGGGGGGCUCUGAAAAAGGACUUAAUCUAUUUAGGUUAGAGCUCGAUAAGUAUGUCCAAGGUCUUCAUAGCAGCCUGCAAACCCCAGAGCUGCAAAAUCUUGAGACAGAGGUACGUCCCUAUCUGAGCCAGUGGUACGAGGAGUCGGUGAUGCACAUUUAUCGGGUGGUGCAGCUGGUGCAAAGCAACAUCAGCUUCUUGCUGCAUGCUGCCUUGAGUCACACACUUGUGGAAGUCACCAACUCAGACGAGAGGACAAAGGCUGAUGUGUCAAGGUUCAUCAAAGCAGCCAGUUUGCAGGGUCUGUCACAGCAGGACACCACAACAGCCUCUCUGUGUAAGGCUAUUUCAGAAGAAACACAGUCUGACCUGAUUAUAGACUGCUCCACCAGCCCACCCACACUCACCAACACUGUGAGCAAUCGGUUCUGUGAUGACUGGAUCCAGGCUUUUUUAAACGCUGCAGAGCGGUGUAAUCCCUUCCUGCUCAGACAGAUUCUGGAGAACUUCAAACUUAAGGCGAUCCAGGACAUGAACAGCCUGAAGCGCUUUGUGCGUCAGGCAGAGAUGAGUCACUACGCCCUGUUUCGCUGCUGCCAGUUCCUGCAAGGCUGCGGAAACGGGGAUGUGCUGCUGCAGAAUGCCAGGGCGGAACACAGCGACCUGCCUGAAGCCUGCAGCAUUAUCUCUGUCCUGGAGGAGUUCCUCAGGGACCAGGCCCAAGCCCAGGCCUGAGUCUUUUACAACACUCAAGUCCAGGUUGUGGUGCCUGGUAAGAAAGUUUACUCUACCAGCCACAAAGCAGAUAACCUAGUAUCAUUCUAAACAUAACACUACAUCCUAUAAUAUAUGUUUGCCAGACUAAAUGUGGCAGUGAGGAGUUUUGGCCAGCUGCUGUAGCGAAACAACUUAAAUAUAAUAUAAGUUUCCUGUACUGACACACUGCUGCCUUUCUGCUAGAAGAGUGGUGGUCCGAUUUGGACUUUGUACUGUAAAACACUGACAACUUAAGCUCGGCUUCUCAAAAAAUGUGUCUUUUUAAGGCUAAUCACAUUUUACUGGUAGAGUAACUUCACUACAUUGAUCCUAACAUUUAAGACUAGUUAUCAAUUGAAAAUGAGAUACAAAUAUUUUCAUGCAUUGUAUAGCAGUUACUUCCAUAUACCCCAUAUACACUUCAGGUAAAGGCGAAUUUAAAAAAAAAAAAAAGAUGUGAAGUGUCACAACCUUUCUCUUCUGCGUGAGUGUGUUUAACAAUACUAUGAACCAAAUAUUAUUACUUUUCUUUUGCUAACUGACAAUGAUCACAACACAGAGUUGAUCCAAACUGGUGUGGAGUUAUCUAUUGCUUACUUGAUGUCCAAAUAUUCUUUAAUCACUGUUUUGUAUUUAAUUUGAUUGUAUCGUUUUUCUUUAAAGAAGAAACAUAUUAAGAAUGCACAAAUCACUUUUAUGCUUAGCAUGGUAUAUUCUUUGCUUUCGCUCACAUUUAAACCCAAUAUCUGCACUACUAUGUUAGUUUUGUCUAAUUAAUACUGUUUGCACAUAUGUUUAUCAAGUGAUAUUAGAUGUGUGUUUAAUCCUUCUCUGGGGAAUGCAGUGCUGUAGAUAUCGUGUAAUUUUUGGAUAUCAUGUGUACAGUAGUGCAAAUUAUGUUCUGUUUACAAACAUUAUCUUCCAAGCCUUCACCAGCUAAACAGUGAGAACAACAUGGGGCACUAUAUGACAAGCUGCUCACUAUAAGCUUCUGUAAUAUGAAUACCCACACUAAAAAAAGUUCUGAGUAGAAACAAAGAAUUAAAAUGUAAAAUAAAAGUAGAUGUUAGCAUGCCCACAUUUUAUUUUCCUUUCAUCGUGUACCUGCAGUAAAACAGUUUGAUGUAAUAAACCAUUCUUCAUCUGAGAAAGUGAACAUCUUUAUAUUCCAUAAUACCCAUAAAGGGUUUAAGAACUAAGCUCAUUCCCAUUCAAACCAGUCCAAAGUAUGUAAUAUAGCAAUAUCAAUGUUGGUGGUGUGUAUAUUUUUUAAAACUGUGAACCAAGUGACAACUAAACUAAGUCAUUUUGCUAUUGUGAACCAUAGGGUGACUGACCUACAGUAUGUAUGUGAACAUGUCUGUACAGCGUGUUGUAUAAAAUUGUUACUGUGUAUGUGGUUAUUGUUCCUGUAUAUAGAGAGCUACAAAUAAAUACCACAUUGACCCCA